AGUAUGGAGAAACACCAAAUUUGCUACAAAAUAACCAAAAUAAUACAUUAAAAGAUAUUUUUGAAACAAUCGAUAUUAAGAGCACUGCAAAUUAUUAUGAAAUCAAAAUGCUAGCCAUUAAGCAGUCACAUAAAAAGAGUAAUUUGAUUGCUUUUAAGACUAUUAGUAUUGAUAAUGUAGCCAAUUGUGAUAAACUAAAAAUACUAGCAGUUAAGCAUGGACAUGGCCGGCCACCAAAGACAGAUGUUGUUAAACAAAAUUCUGACAGCAAUACAAUUAGAUUAUAUCAACCUGAAAACUAUUGGUUUUAUACACCAGAAUGCGCACAAUUGGCAUCUGAUACAUUCAAUGUGCUAGUAGUAAUAUUUGGUGCUGAUCCUACUACAAGUCUUUUUUCUUACUCUUUAAUCAAAAGCCUGGCUACUAUAAGAAGCCUAUUGUUUUGCAUUG